UCAGGUAGUAAAGGGGCAGAUCCGUGGACCAGAUACGAGCAGCUGUGUGAGGCUGCUCGGCUCACACACCCUCCGGUUCAGCAUUUCCUUCACCGGCUACCCGCUGCUUUACCGAGGCUCCUCCUGGACACCAUGGUGGCUAAAAACAGAAAACAGACUGGGAAGAGUGCAGCGACCCAGGCUGACCGCGACAAGAGCCCGCUUGUUUCUCCUCCUGGUAAAAGUAACGUGAGGCGAGCAGGCAGGGAGGGUAAAGCUUUCAACAGCUCCCAUUCAAACGGGCUCUCCGGUAUCAGGCACAAGCUCGGGCUAACUCCUGCUGCAGUCUUUAAGCUGGGAACCGUCUUUAUACUCGCUGCUGUUGCUGGAUAUUGUCAUUGGCAUCAUCUCACUCAGCUGUUUGAGAAUGACAGGCACUUCUCACACUUGUCCAACCUGGAGAAGGAAAUGGCUUUUCGGACAGAAAUGGGUCUGUACUACUCAUACUAUAAGACCAUUAUUGAGGCUCCCUCGUUCCUGGAAGGCCUUCACAUGGUCAUGAAUGAUCGGCUGACAGAAUAUCCCCUUGUUAUUAACACACUGAAGAGGUUUAAUCUGUACCCAGAGGUGGUCCUGGCCAGCUGGUACCGGAUGUACACGGGUGUGAUGGGAUACUUUGGGAUUCCUACAAAGAUGUGUUGGUCCAUUAAUAGAGGAGAGGGACUCACCCCUGUGGACAGCUGUGAAGGGAUGGGUGACCCAGCAUAUUUCUACGUGACCUGUGUGUUCCUGCUGAACGGAGCGAUGAUGAGCUUGUUUUUCAUUUACGGCUUCUUCCUCAGUGGCAGUCGACUGGGUGGCUUUGUUACUACGAUAUGCUUUUUCUUCAAUCACGGCGAGAGCACUCGUGUGAUGUGGACUCCACCCUUGAGGGAAAGCUUUGCCUAUCCCUUCUUGGUCCUGCAGAUGCUCCUUCUCACCUACAUCCUAAGGACACGCAGCCCGAGCAGGACAGCCAUGGUCGCCCUGGGCAUCUCCAAUUUGUGCUUUAUGCUGCCUUGGCAGUUUGCCCAGUUUGUGCUGCUCACUCAGGUGGCGUCUCUUUUUGCUUCUUACAUCCUGGGCUACCUCGGUGCCGCCAAGAUGCAGUCCAUCCUGGUCACUCAUAUGAUCACACUGGGUGUCUGCUUCAUCCUGAUGUUUGGCAACUCAAUGCUUCUCACAUCUUUCUACGCCUCCUCUCUCGUCUCCAUCUGGGCCAUCAUCGCACUGAGGGAUCGAUUUGCUCAAGUCUUCAAACCUGGCUUCAUACUUUGGGUCAUGCAGGGGUUGGCGUGGUUUGGCUCCACAGUUCUGCUCAAAUUCAUGCUGUCCACUGUGCUCUGUGCCUCGGAUGAUGCUCACAUCAGUGCACUGAUCAAGUCGAAGUUCACCAGCUACAAGGAUUUCCACACUCUAAUGUACACGUGUGCUGCAGAGUUUGACUUCAUUGAGUUAGAGACCCCUGUACGCUACCUCAAAACACUACUGCUGCCCAUCAACGUGAUGGUGGUUGCUUUAAUUGCUUGGAGGACUCUCCAGGAUGUAGUCCAGUUCCUGAGGGAUGGGGGAAAGACGUCUGCCAGGACUGAAGAUGAUGAUGAAUCCGCAGGGUCUGAGGCAGCUGGAAAAGGAGAGAUGGUGUACCACAGCCUGCAGCUGGUGGCCUUCGCCGUCCUGGCCGUCCUCAUCAUGCGUCUGAAGCUCUUCCUGACGCCCCACAUGUGCAUCAUGGCCUCACUCAUCUGCUCCAGACAGUUGUUUGGCUGGAUCAGGGAGAAGUUCAAACACCAGGCUGCAGUGUUUGUAGUUCUAGUAAUCAUGGCCAUACAGGGGGUGGCCAACCUGCAGGCGCAGUGGGCGAUCAUCGGAGAGUUUAGCAACCUUCCGCAGGAGGAGCUGCUGGAAUGGAUCCAGGAGAACACUCGUCCUGAUUCUGUGUUUGCUGGGGCCAUGCCCACCAUGGCCAGCGUGAAGCUUUCUACAGGUCGGCCAAUCGUCAACCACCCCCACUACGAAGACGCUGGUCUAAGAGAGAGAACAAAGCUGGUCUACUCCAUGUACAGCCGCAUGUCUGGGGAAACAGUAAAGAGGAAUCUGAUGAAGCUGGGAGUGGACUUCUUUGUCCUGGAGGAUUCCUGGUGCACUCGGAGAACCAGGCCUGGCUGCAGCAUGCCAGAGAUCUGGGACAUUGAGGAUCCUGAAAAUGUUGGUAAAAUUCCCCUCUGCACCCACAUGUCCAGGAACUCAAGACCCCACUUCACCACAGUCUUUUCCAACGACAUUUACAAAGUCCUCAAAGUCCCAAAAACCACGAAGGAUCUCAGAUAACAUCACUGGACGGAUUAAGCAUUAAACUCUACCGUUACGGUUUUCAUGUAUUUGGUCGGUCACUGCCAUUGCUGCUUUUUACUCUAAACCGCCCCACACUACAACUUUUGGUGGUGCUUUGAUACCCCUGAUGGUGGAUGAAAAAUGAGUCCACAGUUUUUUCAUGAGACUUUUGAAAAUACAAACCAGUUGAUGCCCGGUUGAAAACCAAAUAUAGCAGAAUCUCAUCACUGUUUAUUUUAGCAUUACUCCUGUUACAUAACAUUCUUACUUUAAAGGUCUGUCUUCAGAGAUGCUCCUCAGUAUUGUUUUUAUGUCAAGAGUUUAUCUGUUUUCUCUUGCGCUGAAGAAGUACAUUUUGUCCGGCGGGACCAAUCGAAGAUGUCCACGUACUGUGAAGCUUGCAAACUUGACAAAAGCUAACUUCUUCUGGUGUUAUGCACAGUGAUGAUCUCCAAAAAAUUUUUCAGUAGUACACUAUUUUUAUAAUUUAUUUGUGUGAGUAUUUUUAUGCAAACUUUAAAGUGUUAAAAUGUUUUUUCCUUCAGAAGCAAACAUUGUUUUUAAAGUCUUUGGUAUCACAGGGAACAGUUCUGCUCUUGUGUUGAAAAGCUUUUAAAAAAUAAUUUCAUUGAGCCUUGGUAUCGAUGAAAUGUACUAAAGACCUUAAAGGGAUAUUUCAGGGUUUUUGAAGUUGGGUCAUAUGAGGUGCUAUAGUAGUGGCAUUAGCCUCCAGUGAUUUCUAUGAAAGUUGCUCCUGUGAUUAUGAGCUCAGAGAGAUCCAGGGUAUAGCGUCUGUAGUUGGGUCAUUUUAUCUGAGUUGUUUAAUGAGUUUUAUGAAAAAAGAGGCCAAGAAGAUAUGUUGGCUCGCCUGUACGCUUUGUUGAAAAUGUACAAAGUGAUUCAUUUCUCCCAAAAAACCCUCUGUGUCAGGCACUAAUAUACGAUGCAGCUUUUGGCAUUUUGUCUCCUUCCGCCCUGCACUGAUCCUCUGAGCAGCUGUGUGGGUCUGGUUUCGACAAGCAUAAUUACACCAGACCAAGCUAUGACAAAGACAAUAUGAGCGAUUUCGACUUACCUGGUGGUGUAGGUGUGGAAAAUGCGCACCCAUGCUCGAGAUCUCUCCUGCUCAAAACUUAUAAAUGAAGUUUCUCUGCUCUCUCUUUCAGCCCGCUGACUCUCCAUCUGUAGACACUCCAUUAGUGUACUCCGGUUCAUACAAAUAUCCUCUCGUAUCCACAGCAAACACCACAUAAUCAUCACUGGAGUCAAAAUCACUCAAAUUAUCUUUGUUUUAGCUUUGUGUGGUGUGUUAUUGUACCGAGUGUCAGGGCAUUCGUGUAAAUGUAGUGAAUGUCAGGGCGUUCAUGUAAAUGUGUUGAGUGUCAGGGCGUUUAUGUAAACGUACUGGGUGCCAGAGCAUCAUGAAUGUACUGUCAGGGGUUUAUGUAAAUGUACUGAGUGUCAGAGCAAUCAUAUAAACUUUUUGACUGUAGAGCAUUCAUGUAAAUGUACUGUCUGUCGGAGUGUCCAUGUAAAUGUAUUGUACGUUUUCAACACAGCUGACAUAUUUUCUUGGCCUCUUUUAUGUGAAACUUGUUAAACAACUCAGAUAAAACAAUCCCAUCGACAGCCGCUAUGCGCCAAAUGUCUCUGAGCUCGUAAUAGCCACAGGAGCAACAUUCACAGAAAUCAUAGGAGGCUGAUGCCACUACUAUUGCCAAGCACCUCAUACAACCCAACUUCAAAAAUCCCGAAAUAUCUCUCUAUAUAGCAGAAAUCUUUGUUCUUUAACAUCCAGUGUGUAAGAUUUAGGGGAUCCAUUAAAAAGACGAGGCAUUAAAUAAUCACAUGUGCAUUUAAUCACCUGGAAAAAGGGUUUGUAACCUAAGAACAGCUCUGAUAUUUCUGCAGAAGUCCAGCAUUCAUAGUAUCCUAAAGGUGGCCAUUUUCUGCUGACAUCAGGAUCAAAAUGUGAAGCUCAUGCUGUUACAAUGUCUAAGUGUUGUCUGAUCAUUUAAACUAAACGAUCUGACAAAUUGUACAAUGAUUAUCCAUUCAUCAGAAGUAGGGAUGCACAAAAUUGGAUUUUUGCUGAUAGGCGUAUGGCGAUAUUUACAAAAUAUUUUUAGCUGAUGCCGAUAUACAAAUGUAGUUUAGACUAAAACUUCAGUCCUUAAAACACUCUUUAAAGUGAAAGAGUGUGAUGAAUAAAGAAAAAGAGCUAAACCGACAAAAGUAUGUUGGUCCAGCCUAAAACUCCACUAAUUUGUUUGUACGGCCAACAUUUACAGCUGAUAAAGACAGGUUUCAGAACCAAAUUAUUUUUUAUAAAUAUCUGCAGAAAUGUUACUGAUAGUUCCCUUUUUAAGGUGUUGACCAUUACCACUAUAUACUGACUACUGAGUUGUAAUAUAAGCAUUAAAGCAUCGUAUACAAAGCAAAUUAAUUUUACUGACUGAGCCCACUGCAGACCUCUUUUUUUAGCUUUCUUCAGCACUAUAUGCUCUCUUACAUGCUUUAAAGGAGUCUUCCACUAAAUCUUACACACUGUUCCUCUGAUUUAGCUGUAAACCAGUAAUUUCUUUUUUUAUGGAAAAACAAAGAAACAGAAACCGAUCAGUCCCCCCCAGUUGUGGCCUGUGAUUACAUUUUUGUAAAUAUUCAAACAUUUGUUUUGUAAAAUAAAAUGUACGGCCUUUAAAAGGCUUUAAAUGUUUGUUGAAUAACGGUUUAUUGCCAAAAGAAGUCUUGUAAUAAAAGCUGCAUAUUUGGGCUCGGUAGCACAUGACAGAAAUGUGUUUAGUGAUUAAAAAUAUCAGUUUAGGAGUCCUGUAACUGCCAGUCUCAACUAUUUGUAGCAGUGGAUUUCAUUUAAAUGGUAGCAGUUUCAGUUCCUCCUUAGAGCUACAUAAAGGACAUGUAAGAGAGGGUACUUAUCUGCUUUCAUGCAGCAACUUUCACCAAAAAAUUGAGUAUUACUCUAGUGUCUAAAUAAUGGAGCUACAGUCCUCUAGCAAAUCUGUUUAGUUUGACCAAAAUAAAACAGAAGGAUUUGGAGUUUAGCCCAUCAAAUCUGCAGCUUGUACUGUCAGUGAGUGUCCUUCAUGCUGACUGUAUAACAAUUAAACAACAGCAUGGAAGUUUUUUCCUUACAUCAGCCCACAUUUCUUUGUUACCAACCUUGAAUACUAUUUUUAUAAAAGAGAGGGCUUCAGUUCUCCAGCUGCAGUGAUUACAGCAAUUUUUUUUUUUUUUUUUUUUUAAUUUGGAUUUAAAAAAUGAACAAAAUUUCAAACACACUCAUCGUGUCUCUGACCUAAUCCAUGUAGGGGAUGUUCUCAAAAACAAGUUUUAGUGUAUUUUGGCCUUAUGUGCACAUGAAAACUGUGUUUUAGUUCACUGAAAAUGAACAAAACUUUCUCCAGUUAAGAUUUUUAGAAGCUCCAUUUAUAGAAAAAAAGAGUUUGGGGCUUGUAAUUCCACACUUGACGCUGUUUCUCCUCUGUUCGAUGUCACUCGUGUUUGGUUAUCACCUACAUUUACAUGGCAACAGCAGAUGUAGCCAAUCUUGUGUUGGAGUUAAAGUUGCUUAUUGGACUUUUGACAUGCUUACACAUACAAACAAAGUUGCUCUCCCACUACAUUAACAAACAGAGAUACCUGAAUGGACUGCAGAGGUCACAGAUGCUUCAUACAACAUUCUGAAGACACGUAUCCCACCUCCAUGGUGUCAUUUUUCACUUCUAACUUUGGGAAGACAAUGAAGAUAUUUCUAAAUAUGUUUGUUAGAGGGAUAUGCUGCUAUUAUUGGAGGGAAGAAUUGAACGUUGCAACAGUGGUUGAAGACUGCAAAGGCUCAACAACGGCUGAAAUGACCAACAAAAACAAAAGCUCAAAGAAUAUUCAGAUAUGAAACAAACCAGAUGCAUUAAUAUCAAAAAAGCUGCAAAUACAUAACCUUGAAAAAAAUGCCUCAAACAUUUGUGAAUUUUUUUUCAUUGUUUCAGUCUGUUUUAAUGAGUUUAGAGCAGGUUUGAUGUUACACAGAGUAUGUAAAUGUUAGGGGUGGGAAUCAUUAGUGGCCCCAUGAUAUGAUAUAUUGUUACAAUACUUGGGCCACGAUUCGAUAUUAUUACGAUUUUAAACAUUUUGCAAUACAGUGAGUAUUGCGAUACCAUAUAUUUUGAUGUAUUGCCUGGUACUUGAUGGGAUUGUGGGCAGGCCAGGCGCACAUAUUUUUGUCAGAGAAGUCUAGAAAAAGUAUUUUUUUUCAUAAUAUGUCCCCUUUAAAGCUGUUUUCUACCAAUACUGGUGACACUUCCCUAGUUGGAUUUCUUUUGGACCUUCUUGCAUCAUGUCUUAAUAGGUUAUAUUUCUUCCCUUUUUUAUGGUGUUCCAGACCCUACUGAGUCUUUGCACUCAUGGGCCACUGUGCAUUUUUCUUUGUAUGAGCAUCAGUAUAAGCAACAGUAAAACAAACUAAAUGGAGAAGGUGAUGUGAGGUUUAUUUUUACACGUUAUCCUCCAACAAAACAGCAUAUCCUCAAUAAUAAUAGUAACUGCGUAUUAAAUAUACUGUGAUGAGUGUCUUUGAUGAAAUGGACUGCAUAUCAUUAAGCUUUAAGUAAUUUAAGAUUAUUCAGAUUGUUUAGAAUUGUUUUAAUAGUGAUGAAUGAACUUUAAUGCAGGUAAUUCCAAUAAUGAUUAAGUAAAAAUGCAAAUUAAAUGAAUAAGUUGAUUCUCCAAAGAAAAACUUUGUAGAGUUGAUAGAAGUUUUGAUUGGGAUCAGAAGAAACAAAGUGACAGACUGCGAUGUUGAAUAAAUCCUAAAGUGCACAUAUAAUCUUUGAUAUUUGGGGUCUUUUAGCGCUGUUUGCCUCAAAGAAGGCUGAAGUUUCACCAUCUAGAAAGGAUCUUUUUAGUCAAGUGCCCAUUUUUAAGAAUCUCCUAAAACACACAAGUAGAAAUCUAAGUUGCAGACGUUUGUGUUUCG